AUGACGACGCUAGUUGACGAGCUGUCGCCGCAUGUGACACGGACGCCGUCGCUGACGGAUACGGAUGACUCGGCGCCAAGUGAGGAGCUCCCUGAGCCGAGCACGACGAUGGGGAUAGCUACGACGAUGCCGACGUCAUUCAAGAGCAGACAGCAGGGGCUGCUGAGGAAUGGGUCCAAGGCGACGAGGAUGUCGAUAGAAUCGCAGCCGACAUCGCGUAUGCGCUCCAACUCACGGUCGAGCACGGUCAUGAUGAUGUUCCAGCGAGCGGUGGUGGUUGCGCUGUCGGAGCCAGGCGUGGUCCACCGACUGCUGCGGUAUCUGUCAUGGCACGAUUUCCGGCAGCUGGCCAUGACAUCGCAUGGGGUGCGGUCUGCACUCGAGACAGAAGAGUGCAUGGAUCCCAUCCUCGCUCGCUUUGUCCCGGGCUACACACUCGGUGCCCGUCCCGACGAGCCCAUCCAUGUGUCGCUCGACCACCUCGAGCUCUUCAUGCUCUCUCAGCACAUGUCUGUCCACCUCUACCCGACCCAUGCGCUCUCGGUCAUCGACUCUCUCAUGAACAUGCUCCAUCUCGCGAGCGCUACCACCGAGCGAUUCCAGUCCCUGACUGCCGCCCACUCGCGCAUGGUCCUGCUCCUGCGCUCCCGGGCGCUUGCUGCCCCCAACCCGCCCGAGAUCGAUGACCAACCACCAACACCGCCCUUGCUCGCUGCGCCCCACUUGUCUUUCCCGCACCUUUGUUCGCUGCCGCGCCUCCACCGCCCAAGUCGAAGCGUGCCCCAGAGCCAACAUCGGAGCGUCGGCAAACGCACUCUCCCGCCCCCUCCGCCCCCACCUGCGCAGCACCGCAUAGAUCUUCCAUCUAUCAGUCCCUCGAGAAGCGUUCCUCAGUUUACGCCAACGGCUCCCAGUAUUUCAAUUCAUCUCAGCAAUUUGCCAGUACUCGGAGCACCCGAAGCACACGCUCUAGCCGUCCUGCCAGAAGCAAGAGCACUCCCCCUGUUCACGUUCAUCACCGCCCUGAAGACGAUGACACCGAAUCCCUCAAGCCACCUCGCCCUGGUACAGGCGCCACUCUUCGCUCCCCGGCACCCCUGCCUCUACCUCUCGUGGCUCCCUCACUGCCGUCUCCGAAAGCAUCAAGGAGCAUGGCCCUGCUACGCCUCUUCUCCCACCGGCCCUCAUGAUCUGCUUUACGCAACCAUCCCGGGCCGCGCUCCUGUCCUCAGGGUUUUCGUCCCCACCGAUUUCAUGUCCCCCGAAUCGGUUCGCGCGUGCGAGUCCCUCAUACUUCGCGCCGGCCUCUGGGACCUCAUGAAACCUGGCGAUGUUGUUUGCAACCUGGGCUACGUGCCCCGCGCUUCCAACCCAGCCUCCCCGGUCGACCAAUUCGGCCGAAUCUCCCACAACUCGGACGCCCGACAGACCGAAUGGCUCAUCUUUACCGGUUCGGCCCUCGUCCCUUAUGUCCCCCCCGCCCCUCCCCCACCCGAUGUCGACGUGCUCUCCCUCCCAGGCCCAGCCUACUACUCCCAUCUCUACACCCCAACCCCGACCCAGCUCGUUUGCCCAACUGCGAACCCGGCCCGGCCCGUCCCCAAACGCUCCACCGAACCCAUCAUGAAACUCGACUCGAGCCUGAGCUACGUCAAAUCUUCGCGUGGCGUCGCCCGUGUUUGGCGUCCUGUCUGGAUCGCGUCGUUCCGAGUCGACAAGACCUGGAGUAUCGGCUCUCGAAAGGGAAAAGAACGUAUGGGCACCCGCGAAGGCGAGCAGGCGUUGAUGGACGCCAUGGAUGACGGGCACGUCCGGUUUUGGGAAUGGGUGAGGGAAAAGAGCGGGCCUGGGCGUGUUUGGUUCAGGCUGGUCGAUGCCCCCGUCCUAGGCGUGACAGAACCCGUUCCGCCCGUGCCGGCCAUUCAUGAGAAAUACGUACACAUCUCCGACGCACCCAUCUCCGAAGAACCUCGAGGUUCGUCGGUCGAAGGAACAGGCGAAGACACCUACUCGCCCGCAACAACAGGCGCGACCACACCCGAAAAAUCUCCCAAGCAUUAA